AUGCAGGAGACGGUCGCGCUGCUGCAGGUGCGUCCCGAUCGCGGCCGCGAUCGCGCGCGUCGCGGCUCCCGUCGCGCCCUUCCGCGUCUAGUUCGAAAAGAUGUUGAUCGACGAUCUUUCGCCUCUCGCGGCGGGCGCGUUUGUUCUUUGUUCGUUCUUUCGCCUCGCCUCCUCGUCGCUGACCGACGCCCACCCUUCCACCCACCGCAGCGGCAACUCCGCGCGCAAGCGCACGAGAUCGGCCGACUCCAAGGCACCGUCGAUCGCUUAGAAGCGGAGAAGCGAAGCUUGGAGUCGGACCUCUCGUACCAGCUCUCGUCGCCGCCUCCGCAGCAGAUCAUGAACGGCCUGAAGCGCAGCAUCAACCGAAGCGAGAUGUUCCGUCUGGAGUCCGUGGAGGAGAAGGUGCACUGCAACACGUACAAGUCGAACACGGACGCGCGGUUCCGCUUCUUCGGCGCGCCCGGCCGAUUCCGCGGCGCGUUCCCGGACAUCCACAACGCCAAAGUCGAAGUCUCGACCCCCGAGAGCUUCUGCCCGGGCGUCAACGCGAGGUGCGAGUUCAAGCCGCUCAAUCCGAAGGACACGACGACGACGCGUCUGAGCGUUGAUCUGAGCGAACUCCUCGGCAUCAGCGGCGCGCCGACGCUCGUCGUCUCCCCGGACCCGCCGUUCUUGUUCAACAAAAACACGCGGUGGAACCCUCAGCUCGAGAUGGACGGCGUCACCGACGACGGCGUCGAGUGGGACGCGCGGUACAGCGUCAGCAACGACGGCAGCGUCCUCGGGUCUCUGGAGGGAGAAGUGCGGUACGCGCACGCGACGUACGGCGACUUCACCGCGUCUCGGUGGGCGUACGAGGACGACAUCGAGGCGUUCACCGGCGGCGGGUUCGGUCGCGGGUUGAACGGGUCGCUCUCCGGCGCGGACACGGACGACGUCGACUCGCGAUCGGGCGCGACGAGAUCCGUCGACGGCGAAUCCGACAGCGACGCGUCGACGCCGCGGAAGCGCGCGUCCCCCAGGCGGAGUUUGUGGAACAACGACGGCGGCCGCGGGCGGAGCGCGAGCGCGUCGCGCUCGCCGUGGGGCCGAAGACGCUCCCCCGGCCGGAGCGGCAGCGAGGCGUCCUUCAACAGCGGGCGCUCCGGAAGAGGCGGCGGGCGGGCCGAGCCGCCGCAGCCGCGGUGGCUCGCGACGUGGCGCCGCGACUUCGAGGGGUUCGAAGUCGCCGCGAAGGUUGGCGACGCGAUCGCGGUCGCGAACGAGAACGCGGGCCCGCACGGAUCCGGCGGCGUCUCCGCGAACGGCGGCGUCAUCAACAGCGAGCAAGGCUGGGUGACGUCGGACACGUGGGAGGCGGAGGCGUCGGCGCGCGCGCGGCUGCAGCACAACCUGGACGGGAAGUUGUGCGCGCGGUUCGUCGCGCGCGAGAUCGAGGCGGGGAUGACGUAUCACUUCACGGAGGAGUUCAAGGGGUGGCACGUGAACGCGAAGGCGGUGUUGUCGCCGCAGGGGAUCGCGACGCCGGAGUUUACGCUUCAGCACGUGUGGGAUUUUUAA